CAUCUUGCAAGGGAUGCGAUAGCGAGCCCAAAUAAACACUACAGUGUUUACAUUUUGUAUUGUGUUUCCUUUUUACAUGACACGUUAAAAUUGUGUAAACUAUUUGACUUGCAAUUUUGUUUUUUGUGGAAAAAAUUGAGUCGGUAGAAAAAUUUGAAAAUAUUGCAGUGUCUUAAAGGAUCCAGUUGCUGUGAUAUAUAAAUGUGUCUGUUACGACAGGUGACGUUUUUGUGCAACCUUGAUCUUUUAGGACAAAAGUUAUGAGGUUUUUGGAGUAAAGUGGAUGGUUAGAUUACAUCGAGAGGAGAAAUAAUUAUAGCGAUUCGAUUAAAGUUCUUUUGAAAUGCUAAAGGAUUAUGGUCUAUAAAAGAGUAUCGAAGUAAAUGGGACGCUGAGAAGUUGUCAAUUGGAUGUAACGUAAGUCGUAAAAGUUGAAGCCUCUCAAUAAGAAAUCAAUGAGAAAUCAUUCCCUUGACCACAAGCAAAGUUCUUCCAUCAAUUUGAGUCACCAAACUGAGGAAAAAUCAGCACAGAACGUUUCUGCAAGCCUUGACAUCAAUAGACCUCGUAGACCUCGUAGACGGACCGAAAGUUGCUGAACGAGGUUUUGGGCGAGCACAAUUAAGAGGCUGACUUAUAACAGCAGGCUUGGGUUUGGAGUGAAAGAUAGGAAAGAGCACUUGCUGUAGAAGAAUAAAAAUUGGCCACAGACUCGGCUUAUACUUAGAGUUGUUUAUGAAGGAGGUUAUUCGUACGCUGGCACGAGUAGUCAAGCCUUGAUGGUACUUGAUUGAAGCUCGUUAUGAAAGUUUACUAAAGACAUAUGUGCUCGGAUAUACAAGUGUUUAAGAACCUGGAGGUCUCCGGUGGAGAAAAAAUUGUUGAGAAAUAUUCGGAGGAAAUGUAUACUUAUCAUAAAAAAUUGACGGGAUUUAUGUAACAGAAAGACAGGAAUAAAGGAUAUUUGAAUAUAGAAGUAUGCUGAAAAAAAGCGUUAUACUAUUAAAUUAUGUGUUUGUUUAGGACAAAAUUAUACCAAAGAAUAUUGACACUAUUUUAUUAUAUCAAUUUACAUUGCUAAAUUGAAAAACUUGUUAAUAUGUAAAGGGAGAUUGAGCGGAAAAUGAAAUAAGAAAAAAAAUCAUGUUUGUAUGAAAUUAGAUUCUUAACAAGUUCAAUGAAUAAUAAAAAUAAGAUGAAUGCUCUAAAACUCGAUCAGAAAGAAAUGAAAAAAGAGAAAUUAGAGGAUUUAAUCGAAUUAUAUUAAUGCAACAGUGCGGUGCAUUUCAGCAAUCUGAAUUAGGAGAGAUAAUUUGGGAAUAACCUUCCGGCUUUCUGAAGAGACGCACAACAGAGAAAAUUGAAUUACGAACUAACAAAAUUUUGUAGAGGGAGGGAAAAAAGGCAUGGUUGGUAUCUGGUGUGAGGAGAAUUUUGUGUAGACUACAAAGUUGGAAUAUGGAUUUGUAUUGUUAAAUCAGGUCGCCAGUGAAAUGAUUCAGAGAACUUGCUGGAUUAAAAUAAAUCCGUUGGGAUUAAUUAAAUGGAAUCAUAAGUUUCAAGAUGAAAGAACUCUGAAUUAAGAUUUUAUCCUGGGAAGGAAUAUGUUUUCAUUGCAUGAUUGCUUACAAAGAGAAUAGGCGAUGGGGUUAAGAGGCGAAGGUCCGAAUAGGAUCAUGCAUGCAAUGGUGUUUCUUGCGUUGGCUUCAAUAUGUGGAAGCGUAAUUACCCAGGGAGUAUUUCCGAAUCCUCGGAAGGUAUUUGAUGAUGGUAUUUUGGAUGAAAAAGUUUUGGGAGAAGGGGUUAGGGCAGAGAGGUUUGAACUGAACCACAUGGUCAUUACAGAAUGGGGUCGUGUUUUCGUGGGAGCUGUUAAUAGGAUUUAUGAACUAGAUUCUGACCUUUCUGUUAUAAGUGAGGCAGAAACUGGGCCAGUUAAUGAUAGUUUAAAAUGUCUCCCAGAUAUGAGUGCGGCCAGUUGUCAGUAUUCGAAAACUGUUACGGAUAAUUACAACAAGGUUUUAAUACAUUACAAAGGCCUGAAGGAGAAACUGUUAACAUGUGGUAGUGUAUUUCAAGGUUCCUGCGAGGCGAGAAAUCUAAAAAACAUCUCUCGAGCUCAUUUUUAUUACGAGUCGGAAACUGGCUCUAUUCUUGAUUAUGCAGUAGCUGCUAACCAUCCCACUGCAUCAACAGUUGCGUUUGUUGCCCCCGGUCCAGAGGAGUUUCAGUCGGAGGUGCUUUAUGUUGGAACAUCUUAUACUGGGGGUAAUACUGAUGUAAUUACUAAACAAUUGCGUGGGCACGUCCCAGCGUUGAGUACGAGAAGUUUGGGUAAAAAUAGAUUUCAGUUGGCUGCAAAAAGUGACGGCAUUCAAGCUGAGUUCUCAGGAAUUUAUAUCUCGAAAGAUGUUCGGGCUAACUACUUAAUUGAUUAUGUGACUGGGUUUAGUUCAGAUAUUUAUAGCUAUUUCCUAACAAGACAGUUCACAAAUCCAAAGGAUAAAAACUCGCCCAUCGUUUCAAAAGUCAUACAAAUUUGUCAAGAGGACACGUUUUAUAAUUCGUACAUAGACAUGCCACUCGUUUGUCAAACUGAAAGUGGGAAAAAUUACAACUACCUGCAAGCAGCCAGAGUCACCAAAGCUUCAAAAAAUCUUCAGUUGAGUUUUGGUCUGCGUUCAGCAGACGACAUUUUGGUUGCAUUGUUUACGGACAAUGAGGGUGAUCAUGAAGCUAAUUCAGCUAUCUGUGUGUUCACAAUGCAAUAUAUUAGGAAAAAGAUGCUGGAAAACGUGCAGAAAUGUUUCCGAGGAGAGGACGUGAGUGGCGGGGGAUAUCUCAGCAAGAAACAGUGUCAGAACCUUGACCCGUUCUAUCAAGACAAGGAAUACCUUUGCAACAAGGAUUUGGAAUCGAUCGGGAACAUUGUCGGUACGAUCAGUGCCCGUAGUAACCCGAUUCUGGAGUACACGCGUACAUGGCUGACCUCCGUUGCCGUGACGACCACUUGGGACCACACCGUGGCCAUUGUUGGCACUGGGGAUGGAUAUUUGAAGAAGAUUGUAUUGGAGACACACGAGCGUGCACGAGAGUAUGAGCAGGUGGCUGUGGACCUCGGGUCUCCGAUCAACCGUGACAUCGAGAUCUUCGACAACUACAUCUACGCCAUGAGCAAACAGAAGAUUGCUCGCCUGUUACUUAGCAACUGUGAGGCGCGGAUGUCGUGUAGCGCGUGUCUUCAAGAGGGUGACCCAUUUUGUGGAUGGUGCGUCCUUGAUAACAGGUGCACCCAGUACACACAAUGUGCGGACUCGUUAUCGGAUCGCUGGUUGUUCGGUCCGCCGGGCCAGACAUGUGUUGCCAUCACCAAUGUCUCCCCUCGCACCAUCUCCGUGUCUGAAAGACCCAUGUUGUAUUUGACGAUCUAUCAACUCCCAGACGGCAGUGACUACACGUGCGUGUUUCCGGAACUCAACGUGACGUCACCAGCAUCGUACUGGGCAUAUGGAGUCUACUGUCGGGCACCUGAUAUCAAGCAGUCUGGGUUAAAUGUUAAGGGAAGUCAGGUACUCACUAUUGCGCUAAAUUCCAGCGAAACUGGAAAGCUGUUUCUCGCUCAGAACUUUACGUACUUCAACUGCUCCAGUUUAUCUAGUUGUAGCCAAUGCACUAAUAACAGCUGGUCAUGUGACUGGUGUCUCUAUGACAACAAGUGUGUCCACGAUUCCCAGUUACUAUGCCAGCCGGGAGCCGUUCUCAGUCUCUCUUUUAGGGGGCUAAAUCCGAAUAAACAGCACAUAUCUUCAAGUUCGGGAAUGAAAGGUCCGCAGUUUUGUCCGGGACUCGACCAAGAGAAAACGGGAGAGAUUUAUAUCCCCGAGGGCGUUGAGAAAGAUAUCGUUAUCCGUGGAUACAGUUUUCCGCAGCCUCGAAACCUACAGUACACAUGCCAUGUAAUGGUAGGCGGGAUCGAAUACACAAGUCCAGCAAAUCGUACUUCGGACGGAAAUAUCACUUGUCAUCUAAAUAGCAUGAUGGUUCCUGCCUACCACUCAGAGGGAAUGUACAACGCUCCACUGCUCGUGUACUGGGGGGAUCGAUAUCGCAUUGAGGAUGCGCAAGGACUGUUUGUGACAAUCUACAGGUGCGAUGUUCUGUCGAAGGGGGAGUGUGGUCUAUGCCACAGUGUGAAUCACACACUUCCCCAGCUACAAUGUAAUUGGUGUGAUAAGAGCUGCAAAUACCAGUCACACUGUCACAGUCUGGUGUAUGAACCCUGUCCUGCUCCACAGAUACAAAUUGUGACCCCAUUGACUGGGCCUAUAGGUGGCGGCACGUAUGUUAACAUCUCGGGGAAAGACCUUGGCUCCAAGUUUGAUGAGGUUCAGAACGCUGUGAGCAUUGCAGGGAUCAGAUGUGCCCCUAUAAGGGAUCACUAUCAGCCCUCACAGUGGAUUGUUUGUAAGCUGGGACCCAGUCUAUCAGAAAGAGUGGGCGUUGUAACUGUGGCACUGCCCGACAGGCUUGCGGUUACAUUCCACCAGAAGUUUGCAUAUCAGGAUCCCAGGAUCACAAGAAUCAAUCCCACCCUGGGGCCUAGGUCGGGAGGUUCAUACAUCACCAUAUCUGGCCAGAACCUUAACACUGGACGGGAUAUCACAGCCUCAAUCGGGAAAGUGGAGUGUGUUAUUAUGAGAGAUAUGGUAACCAGCAACAUGGCUUUCUGUGAGACAAAACCAGUCAACGCAUCGCGCGAUCAACCCCAGCCGUUUCGAAUGUUCUUCGAUGGUUACGAGGAGAAAAAUCUGAAUGUCAACUUCCAGUAUUUUCCAGACCCUUUGAUCUACAGCAUAGCACCUCUUCAUAGUUUUGUCAGCGGUGGACGUCGUGUAACAGUGCGGGGAACCAACCUACACACCGUACAGCAGCCAAUGAUGUUUGCUACGUAUGUCGACCAAAAUGGGGACAUUAGAACUACAGAAAAACAGGUGUGUAAAAGUCAAGGCUCCAGUGAGAUGACUUGCCCGUCGCCACAAAUUCCCCGACGCCAUCUCCAGGUUUCCAUGACAACUCGAACGCGACGAAGUUCCAACCAUAUUGAGGUGGAGCUUGCAUUUCUAAUGGACAAUGUGGCAUUUGUACGCAACCUGACCGGUGCUGGGGUCAACGCGAGAAUGGCCUACUAUCCUGACCCUAUCGUCUACAAUUUCUCAGAGCCAAAUUCCAUCAAGAAGUUUAAAGGAGAGGUCCUAAUAUUUGAGGGUGUAGGCAUAAACCUGGCUGCGGGAAAAUAUGACAUCGAGGUCUACAUCGGCACUAAGAAGUGCAACGUUACAAACAUCUCUGAGACCCAGAUCUUCUGUACGCCACCACAGUCUCAACCCGCGGGCAGAGAUGAAGGCGGAAACGAGGAUUCAUCAUAUCCUGUUGUCAUGGUAAAGAUAGGCAACCUAGAAUUCAAAGUUGGCAGACUCGAAUAUGAGCGUAUCGCCAUGUUGACAUUUCCGACCGAGUACAUCAUGGGUAUUGCCGCGGGCGGAGGGUUCAUGCUCCUCGUGAUUCUUCUGAUCUUGAUCCUAUGCCGACGCCAGAGUCACAACGCGGAGAGAAAUUAUCGCAAGAUGCAGCUGCUGCUUGAUAAUCUUGAGAGCAACGUCAGAAAUGAGUGCAAGCAAGCUUUUGCUGAGCUCCAAACAGACAUCACUGACGUAACAACUGAUUUGGAGGGUGGAGGGAUCCCGUUCUGGGACUACCACACAUACACGUUUAAAGUACUGUUUCCCGGCCUCUCAGAUCAUGUGAUACUUCAUCCACCAGUUAUAGAGCAGAAGAAUGGUGUGGGUUUCACAGAGCAUGGGCUUCAACACUUUUACCACCUUCUGGGCCACAAAUACUUCCUGUUGACGCUGAUUCGCACAUUGGAGACACAAAAGACAUUCUCCAUACGUGACAAAGUGAACGUGGCCUCGCUGCUAAUGGUGAUAUACCAAGAUAAUUUAGAAUAUGCAACGGAAAUUUUGAAGGCCUUAUUGAAUGAGUUAGUGGAGAAAUCAGUAUUAGGAAAGCACCCAAAGCUUAUGCUUCGAAGGACAGAGUCAGUGGUGGAGAAGCUACUGACUAACUGGCUGUCCUUGUGCAUGUAUAAAUACCUGCGGGAUACAGCUGGUUCAAGUCUGUACGUGUUAUACCGUGCCAUCAAGCUGCACGUGGAGAAGGGGCCGGUCGAUUGUAUGACGGGUGACGCGAGGUACACACUGUCUGAGGAUAAACUCCUUCGAGAUAAAGUGGAUGCCAAGCUGCUGACACUGAAUGUAUUUUACGAGGGUGAGGUAACGCCAUGUAAGGUUCUUAACUGUGAUACGAUUACGCAGGCCAAGGAGAAAAUUAUUGACCAGUUUUACAAAAACAUUCCAUUCUCCAACAGGCCGUGGGCAUGUGACUUAGAUCUGGAGUGGAAGAAAGGUGGUAUUCCUGUCACGCUACAGGACGACGACAAUUCCACUAUGAAAUGGGAAGGGUGGAAAAAAAUCAACACGUUACAACACUACCGCGUGUUUGAUGGCUCAGAAUGCGCUCUUAUACGUCGAUAUCAGACGAUAAAGUCACCAAAUGGGUCAUUGGAUACAUCGGUAGUGUCAGUUAACUCGUCGAUGCCGAUAAUACGAUCGGAGAGUGAUUCGGGAACAAAGUUCUUUCAUCUUGUGAAGCAUGACGAGAUACAGAGUAAAGAGGGUGGGGUAAAAAUGGUUCCUGAGGUCUUUCUGCCCCGACUUCUCGCUACAAAGGGAACCUUACAGAAGUUCAUGGACGACUUUUUCCACAAUAUCUUAUCUGUGAGUUCAACAAUGCCGCCGGCUAUCAAGUACCUGUUUGAUUAUCUGGACAACGCUGCAAUCAAGUAUGGGAUACACGAUCCCGAUAUUCUGCAUACUUGGAAGUGUAAUAGCCUUCCCCUGCGGUUCUGGGUGAAUAUAAUCAAGAACCCUGAUUUUGUGUUCGACAUUCACAAGCCUGUGAUCGUGGACUCCUGUCUGUCUGUAGUCGCCCAGACUUUUAUGGACAGCUGUUCGACGUCUGAACAUAGACUUGGCAAGGACUCGCCAUCCAAUAAGCUGUUAUUUGCAAAGGACAUUCCUAACUACCGGAAACUGGUGGACCGAUUUUACCGAGAAGUGCAUGAGUUACCUGGUGUCGCGGAAAAAGAGAUGACGUCAUAUUUAACAUCUGUGUCGCAGGUCUGCCACGAUAACUACUUCAUUCAAAAUGAUGAUGUUCCGGAGACCAAUAAACCAAUCAAACUGGCGUAUCCAGGCAAAGUCUACAAAUCAAGUGCAUUAAAGGAGCUGUACACCUAUGUCCACAAAUACAGUAACGAGUUACUGGAGGUGCUAGACACAGACCCAGUGAGUGCCCGAAUGCAGCUGGGCGCUAAACUGGGAACCGUGAUUACCGCAAUGGAGGGGCCUUUAGCCGGCAGACAGGCAUUUUUGUAGCAUCAACAUCUAACUUGACAGAUUCAAUGAUUUGUUGAUGGAUUUUUUUUCUUAUUAACAAUCUUCUAUUGAGAUGGAAUUUAAAGUGCUUGUGUUAACAGUUGAAUUAGCACCAUAAGUUAUGGAUUAAUUUCAGAGAAAAUGCAUGCUUGAGACGGUGUCAGGACACUGUUCGCAUCUAAAAGACAUUAUUUGAGGGAAAUAUAGAGUUAUGAUGACACUACAUUUCUUUCAUACUAAUGACACAUUUCAAUGGAAAUAUCAUGUGAGUGUCACAUUUCAAUGGAUGUAGCAUGCUUAUGACACAUUUUAAUGGAAAUACCAUGCUUAUGGCACAUUUCAGUGAAAAUACCAUGCUUAUGAUACAUUUCAAUGGAAAUACCAUGAUAGUGACACAUUUCAAUUGAAAUACCAUGCCUUGGGCUCAGUUUCAUUGGAAAAAACCAUGUUACGGUAGUUGCUUGUAUUUUAGUGGAAAUACCAUGAAAAAAACCAGGUAGUGGGAAUAGCGUGCUCAAGGCACUGUUACGAUACUGUCAGCUUCUUAAAGACAUAAUUUGGGUGAAAUAUUAACACUGCAUGUAUUUCAGUGGAACUACAGGAUAAUGGUACCAAAGCACUUUAUUUAAGAGAUAUUAUUUGCUAUGAGUGUGUUCAUUUUGAUCUAGCUCUAAAGAGGAGCGCUUGUAUGUAAAUAUUUAGUUAUAUUGCUUUAAAAAGCAAAGCACAUUACAAUUUGUGAUAUGAUAAGAUUAGUCCCAGGUAACAGACUGCUAUUAAUUGUGUUACUAUAAGAUGUAUGUGUGGUUGCUGUAAGAGAAAUUAUAUUUAACUGUUUGGUGAAAAUGCGGAACUCUAUAAUUAAGCAACAUAAACAGACAGUGUAAUAACACUGCAAGAUCAUGUUUUGAUGAUUUAAGUGGAUUUAAUUUCUUGAUAUUUUGUCAUUAUAAAUUUUUGAAAAUUUGCUGAAACAUUUAUUAUAUUCCUUUUCAAAUGUAAAAAGUUAAGUAACAGAAUAAAUAGUUUCAUUAGUUUAAAAAAAAAAAGUUUUAAAGUUGCAUUCAGGUUGUUGAUAUAAGAUUUGAGAUUUGAACUAAAUACCAGUAAAGAAUAUUUCUUAAGUGCUUGCCAUUAUAAUAUUAGAGUGGCGAUUUUAUCUUACAGCCAUUAUAAGCGUUCACUGUAUGGUUUAUUGGCAUAACGAAAAAAGAGAUUGUUUAGUUUCGUAUUUUUUAGAUGUGAAUGUUUACAUUGUACUUAAUACAGUACAAUAUGAAAAGAAACUGAUUGCAUUCAUUAAUGUAUUGUUGUAUGUUAUGACAAAAAUACAUGUGUAUUAGUUUAAUAAGAAAUCAUAUUAAUUCCCUUAAAACGGUUUGAAAACUGAUUCUUCAAAAUCUCCUUAUUGAAUCUUUGAAAUGCACAACUUUGUUCUUUUUGUGUUACAUUUGUGCUAUGAUAUUCAUUUGUAUUACUUUUGUAUCAUGAAUUGUGAUUCUGAUUUUUUUAUUGAUUUUUUUUUUGUGCCAAGAGAUUUAAUUUGCUAAACACAAUCAAAAUAAUGAAAUGCAAUCAAAAGUAACGAGAAAUGUUUUAGUAAUUUUAUCCUGUGUGCAUUAUGUCAUUUUUUGUGGCUGCUUUAUUUCGAAGAUCUUGAAAUAAUUAAAAUAGUGAAAACUUGCUGAAUUGAAAUAUGGUAAACCAUCCAUUUUGGAAAGAAAAAUAUUUAAUGUCUAACUGAAUAUCAUAUGGAUAAUCAUACCAUUAAAUUAACACAGAAUAUCAUAUAGAUAGCCAUUAACCAUUAAUAUAACACAGAAUAUCGUAUAGAUAACCAUUAACCAUUAAUCAAACACAGAAUAUUAUAUGGAUAAUUAUACCAUUAAUUAAACACUGAAUAUCAUAUUGAUAACCAUUAACCAUUAAUUAAACACAGAAUAUUAUAUAGAUGUACCAUACCAUUAAUAAAACACAGAAUAUCAUAUGGAUAAUCAUACCAUUAAUUAAACACAGAAUAUCAUAUGGAUAACCAUACCAUUAAUAAAACACAGAAUAUCAUAUGGAUAACCAUACCAUUAAUGAAACAAGAUAUCAUGUUGAUAAUCAUACCAUAAGUAUACACAGAAUGUCAUAUAGAUGUACCAUAAUUAAAACACAGAAUAUCAUAUAGAUAACCAUACCAUAAAUUAAACACAGAAUAUCAUAUGGAUUAUCGUACCAUAAGUAAACACAGAAUAUCAUAUAGAUAGUGGUACCAGUGCCAGAAUGUUAAUUCAUGCUAUAAAAUAUUAGUUAUAUAUAUAUCCUGCUUUAUAUUUUUAUAUCUUUGAACAUGAUUUACUGUCAUGUAAUAUUUCAGUUUAACUCCAAAGUGAUUUUUAUUUGAAACAUUUUGAUGCAUCAUUGUUUGCUUAAGGUUUGUUUGAAUAUGCAAAAUGUUUGUGUAAAUUGAUUAUGGAACUAUUUAAUAUUCCACAUGUUGUACAUGUAUUAAUUCAUAAACAAUGAUUACAUGUAUAAAUGGAUGUUUUCAGGUGUUCAAAAGUCUUUAAAAGGCGCAAGUAAAUGUGGGAUUGUUAUGUUGUAAAGCAAGCGAUGCUAAGGGUAAAAUAUUGUAAUCUUUAACUGUCAUGUUUUGUACAUAUAACAAGUUUUAGCUCGGCAGAAUUUUGAAGUAAACAAGAUGAGUUUACAAUUGGUAUAGAUUUGGUGUUGUCUGCAGAGUCUUCGGCAUUUUCUUAAAACUUUGCUAGAACUCAAGAUAUUCAAAUAAAACUUGGUACACAAGUUGACAGAGACGAGACAAACAUUUACAGAAAGGCCCAUAACUCUGGAUUCAAUAAGUGUUGAACUACAGGUAUUUUGAGUGGGGGGGGGGGGGAUAGCCAAUGAGCAUUUGCAUUUGGUUCAACUAGAACAGACUAGCGUUGUCUUUUGCUCCAACUCUUGUUUAUUAUCAAGAUAUUACUGUAGUGCAGUGCAUCAUAUUAUUUUUAUGUUGUUCAUAUUUAUGUGCAAUUUUUACCCUUUGUCAAAAUUAUUUUCAUGUCAUGUUUGUAUAAAUUUACUAGAAUUUAUUGGUAUUGAAUGGCAAUUAUUUAUUUAAUCAAUUCAUGUUUUGUAAAUGUUAACGUCAUGGGGGAAAAUGAGCUGAACUAAUGUUGUACAUAUUUAAAGGUGUGUAAUACUGUCUUUCUACUUGUAUAUAGAAAUGGUAUGACUGCUCAUUUUCUGUUAUGUUCAAUGUUAUCAUUGAAGAUAUGCACAUCAUGCAAACUAUGAUUAAAACUUAAUAAUAUAA